AUGCCCGCAGACCGGCGUGGGCCGCGGCGUUCGGCGUUUGCACACUUUAACGAGGUCGAAUGGAUUGCAGGGAUCCGCGACCGGGUGCGCGAUGCUCUACUUCCUCGACAUGCUGCAGAGAAUGCGCGGCGGAGCGUUCUUUACCAGCCUAUGUUUACGGAGCGUAGGACAAAACAUAACGAGUCGCUCCUCGCUUUAGAGCCAGAGGAGCCAGAAGAAGCAGAGGAGCAGCAAGAGUUAAACGAUGAGCAGAUGUGUGAGCAUAUGCAGCGUACUCGUGAAGCGAUGCAGGAGCUCUUGGCGCUGGGCGGUGUUAUGCACUCCGAAGACGAUGCGCCUGUACGCCUCGACGAUUUUGGCGAGCGUGUCUGGCGCGUAGAGUCAGACGCUGAUAUGCCGAGCGUCACGGAUACGCCUUCCUCUUUGUUUGCCGCAUUUCGUGACGGUGAUAAGGUCGACAUUGAUGCGCUGCUCCGAUCGCGAAUGGAGGUUGCUGAGCCGUCGAGUCUUGCGAAGAAGCUAUUGAUCGAAGAGGUUGGCUCGAGCGGAGAGGAUGACGAGGAGGAUGAAGAUAAGAGUGAAGAAGAGGAUGAGGAUGAAGAUGAGAGUGAAGAAGAGGAUGAGGAUGAGGAGAGCGUCGAAGAGGAUGAAGACGAGAGCGAGGAGGAGCAAGACGAGAGCGUGGGAGAAGGAGAAGAAGAAGAUCAAGUUGAGAGCGAGGAAGACCAAGACAAGCACAAAGACGUCCAAGUUGAGAUGCGAAAAGUUCAAGUCGAGGAUCACGCAGACGAUCAAGAGGAGACUCUGAAAGACCCUGACGAGAAUUGCGAGCACCAAGACAAGGGCCACGAAAGCACCCAGGACUGCACUAAUGAUCAUAUACACAAUGCAAAUCAUACUGACUUUGACCCCUCUCUGAGCGCCUCGACUCAGCUUGCGCAUAUCGAGCCGCUCACUUCUGAUCCAACGCAAAUUCACGAGACCCGGGAUGCAUUACACACCGCUGAGACGGAAGCUUUGUAUGAUGUUUCGCACACAUCCCAUUCUCCGCCAGACAAGCCUUAUUAUCCCAUUGUCGUUCUAUCUGAUAGCGACCAUUUCAGUGCAGAGGAGGAUGAGCGUCGAACCGGCGAGGCAAUGCCGUCCGAUACAAAGCACGUGGAUACCAAUAAGCAGGAGCUCGAGGCAGAGGUAGAGACGGAAAUGCCGGAGCUGCACCAUCCCAGCCAAAGCAAGUUUGAAGCCAAAGCCAGCGACACUGCACAGGACGGUGUAUACGCUGAAGAUAGGACACCAGCACCAUUGAUGCCCAGUCGCUUGGGAGACUCUGUACAAGAAACAGAGCGCGCUUCUACGAUCACACAUGCUUGGCCUUCGUCUCUGCAUCCUCCCAGCACAACGCAACUUGAGGAGGUAGAGUUUUUACCUGGUGUCGGAGAUUUUUUGCAGCAUACGACACACCAUGACGACGAUCUGUAUGCAGUGAUUGAUUUUUCCAUGGGCGGCAUGGAUUCGAAUUGCGACGAACACAAUACCACGCCCACAAUGAUCACCGGCGCUAUCAAAGUCCCUGCAGUAUUAGAACAGGACAGCCCAAACCAAACGCCUGCACCUGCCACGCCCACUCGCGACCCUUUUGCAUCCAUGGAAGCGGAGCAUACAACACCGACAACGCGCUUGCAUUGUACAUUACAACGGCUUACUCUUACGCGCAUGGCUGGCGCACCUACUUUUCUGGUGCGUUCAUGUACUUUGGACCCAAUUGUUUUGCACGAAGAGGGCGCAGAGUGUCAAGACGUAUUUACAGACGCGUUGGAAAUGCAGCGGCUUGAUGUGAAUAUGUUGCCGGCGCCGGCAUACCACUCUUUGCAUCGUAUCGUUGGCUCUAGCAUGAUUGAUGAAGUGUAUGUUGUGCCUACCUAUGGACCAUGGACGAAAGAGGAUGCGUCAAGCGCAGAUGAAGUAGAGGAUACGCUGAAUACAGCCGCAAGCACACAAGAUAUGCCGCCCCCGCGUGCGCUACGCACGUAUUCGCGCCGCGAUCGGAGACAACACGAGCCCAAAGUUCCGUCUAUACCCUCACCCCGUCGCACAAGGAAACGGAAAAGCGAGCCACACGCUGAUUCUCCCGCGCACAUGCGCCUCCGCUCGGCAAAAGAGCGGCGUCCACCACGCCGUUUUUCGCCCUAG